AUGUCUCCACUUCUAAGAAGCGUUAUUGACAUCGCUGAAGUUUUCGAUCAUUAUGCCACACAUAGCUGUGAAGGAGCAUCACUGAGCAAGAAAGACCUGAAGAACCUCCUGGAAAGGGAACUUGGAGAUGUCCUCCAGAGACCACAUGACCCUGAGACGGUAGAUGUGAUCCUAGAACUUCUGGAUCGGGACUCCAACGGGCGUGUUGAUUUCAACGAAUUCCUCCUGUUCCUUUUCAAGCUUGCUCAAGCUUGCUAUUCGGCUAUCAAUCAGGCCAUAGGGCUAGAUGAGAAGAGGAGCCUGUCACAAGAUCGCAGGCAAGAAGACCAAAGGAGAUUCGAGCCCCGGGACGUACAACGGGACGAAGAACCCGGGCGCCGAAGCUGGCAGAAAAGACGUGAGCAGGAGGAGCGCGCUGAGGAGCAGAGCAGGAGGCAGGAGAGACUGGAGGAGCGACAGCAGAGGAGAGAACUGCAGGAACUGGAGGAGCGCCUAGCGGAGAAAGAGCCACUAAGCUGGAGCCAGGGUCCUGAUGCUGAAGAGUUUUCCGAGGAAGAGGAACAGCAAAGGCAAGAACUCAAGAGCAGGGAGCAGAGGGAAGAGAGACGGCUGCAGCAGCUGCGCGACCCCGAGCUGAGGCGUCAGCAGGAGUUGGUGGCUGAGGAGGACGAGGAGCAGACGCCACUCCGGGAGUCCCAGACUCUCACCCGGAGGUUGCAGAGGCAGCUCGAAAGCGAGGCCGAAGCCCGUCAGAACAAAGUCUACGCCAGGCCACGCAGACAGGAGCAGGAAGAGCGUCAGCUCCGGGAGCAGGAGCAACGGUCCCGGGAGCUCCAAAGGCAGCGCGCCCAGGAAGAGGAGGAACGCCUGGAGCAGCAGCAGCAGCAGAGGUCGCAGAGGCGACAGGCGGAGGAGCAGCGCUUCCGGGAGGAGGAGCAGCAGCGAGCAGAGCUCCAGGACAGCCUCCUAGAGGAACGCCAGAGGCGUCGUCAGGCCGAGCGCAGGCAACUGCAGGAAGAAAGCCAGAGGCGCCGCACGCUGUACUCCAAACCCAGCGCCAGGCAGCAGAGAGAGGAAGUGCUGCGGGAGGAGCGGCUGCUGCAAGAAGAGGCUCAGCAGCGCCGGCAACGGGACAGGAAAUACCGCCAGGAGGAGGAGCUGCAGCGGGACGAAGAGCAGCUGCAGCGAGACGAAGAGCAGUUGCAUAGGGAAAGGAGGCGCCUGCAGCAAGAGAGGCAGUAUCAAGAGGAGGACCUGCAGCAGGAGGAAGAGCGGCUGCAGCAGGAGGAAGGGCGGCUACGGAGAGAAAGGAGGCGCCUGCAGCAGGAGAGGCAGUAUCAAGAGGAGGACCUGCAGAGGCUGCGGGACGAAGGUCAGCGUAGGGAUCUGAAGUGGCAGUGGCUACCAGAGAAAGAAACUGAAGCUCGUGGCCGCAGGCUCUUCUCCAAACGCAGGGAGGAUGGAGAACAGAUCCGGCAGCUGGAGGAUUCUCUGGAGCAUGAGAGACGCUCACGUCAGGAUCGGCGGCCUCUGCAAGACGAAGCAGAAGAGAAGCGAGAGCUGGAGCAGGAGAGGCGGCGGCGACAGCGACAGCAGCGUGACCGGCAGUUCCAAGAGGAAGAGCAGCUGCAGCGAGAGCGCCAACGGGAAGCCGCACGACGAGGCGAGAGGCUCCGGGAGGAAGAGCAGCUCCUGAGAGACUCGAGGAGACGGCCACAGGAGAGGGACGGAAAGUUCCUUGAGGAGGAAAGGCAACUGCGGAAGGAGCGGGAAGAACUGAGGCAAAGACGAGAAGAAAGACAGUUCCAGGAGGAGGAGCUGCGCCGCCAAGAAUUUAGGCAGGAGCGCGACAGAAAAUCCCGUGAGGAACAAGAGCGCCGCCAGCAGCGGCGUGCAGAGGAGCAGCUCCGGGAGGAAGAGCAGCUCCGUCAGCAAAGAGACAGGAAACUCCGCCGGGAAGAAGAGCGCCUGCAGGAGCUCGAGGAAGAGCAGCUGAGACGCCAGGAACGAGACAGGAAACUCCGCAGGGAAGAAGAGCGCCUGCAAGAGCUCGAGGAAGAGCAGCUGAGACGCCAGGAACGAGACAGGAAACUCCGCAGGGAAGAAGAGCGCCUGCAGGAGCUCGAGGAAGAGCAGCUGAGACGCCAGGAACGAGACAGGAAACUCCGCCGAGAUCAAGAGCGCCGUCAGGAGCUUGAGGAAGAGCAGCUGAGGCGACCUGAGCGUGAGGACAGAAGAUUCCGCCAGGAACAAGAGCGCCGCCAGCAGCGGCGUGAGGAGGAGCAGCUCCUGGAGGAAGAGCAGCUCCGUCAGCAACGAGACAGGAAACUCCGCAGGGAAGAAGAGCGCCUGCAGGAGCUCGAGGAAGAGCAGCUCAGGCGCCAGGAAUCCGACAGAAGAUCCCGCCAGGAACAACAGCUUCGCCAGGAGCGCCGUGAGGAAGAGCAGCUGAGGCGCCAGGAACGUGACAGGAAACUCCGCCGGGAAGAAGAGCGCCUGCAGGAGCUCGAAGAAGAGCAGCUGAGACGCCAGGAGCGAGACAGGAAACUCCGCCGGGAUCAAGAGCGCCGUCAGGAGCUCGAGGAAGAGCAGUUGCAGGACAGGAAGUUCCCCCGGGAACAAGAGCUCAGGCGUGACAGAAAACUCCGCAGGGAAGAAGAGCUCCGCCAGGAACUACAGGAAGAGCAGCUGCGAGACCGAAAGCUGAGGGUGGAGGAGCAGCUUCGCAGGGAGCGCGAGGCAGAGCGGCAGCGCGUUCAGGAACGUGACAGAAAAUUCCGCCGGGAACAAGAAUUCCGCCAGGAACUAGAGGAUGAGCAGCCUAGGGAUAGAAAGUUCCGCCGGGAACAAGAGCUCACACGCGACAGAAAACUCCGUGAGGAAGAAGAGCGCCUGCAGGAACUGGAAGAAGAGCAGCUGAGACGCCAGGAACGUGACAGGAAAGUCCGCCGGGAAGAAGAGCGCCUGCAGGAACUGGAGGAAGAGCAGCUGAGACGCCAGGAACGAGACAGGAAACUCCGCCGGGAAGAAGAGCGCCUGCAGGAGCUCGAGGAAGAGCAGCUGAGACGCCAGGAACGAGACAGGAAACUCCGCCGGGAAGAAGAGCGCCUGCAGGAGCUCGAGGAAGAGCAGCUGAGGCGACAGGAACGUGACAGGAAACUCCGCCGGGAAGAAGAGCGCCUGCAGGAGCUCGAGGAAGAGCAGCUGAGACGCCAGGAGCGAGACAGGAAACUCCGCCGGGAUCAAGAGCGCCGUCAGGAGCUCGAGGAAGAGCAGUUGCAGGACAGGAAGUUCCCCCGGGAACAAGAGCUCAGGCGUGACAGGAAAUUUCGCCGGGAAGAAGAGCGCCUGCAGGAACUGGAGGAAGAGCAGCUGAGGCGACAGGAGCGUGACAGGAAACUCCGCAGGGAAGAGGAGCGCCUGCAGGAACUGGAGGAAGAACAGCUACAAGACCGAAAGCUGAGGGUGGAGGAGCAGCUUCGCAGGGAGCGCGAGGCAGAGCGGCAGCGCGGACAGGAACGUGACAGAAAGUUCCGCCGGGAAGAAGAGCUCAGGCGCGACAGAAAACUCCGUGAGGAAGAAGAGCUCCGCCAGGAACUCCAGGAAGAGCAGCUGAGACGCCAGGAACGUGACAGGAAAUUCCGUGAGGAAGAAGAGCACCGUCAGGAGCGCGACCAGAGAUUCCGCGGGGAACCAGAGCUCCGGAAUGAAAGGGAGGGGCAUCAGCGGCGCCGCCAGGAACUCGAGGAAGAACAGCUUCGCUUUGAGGAACAGCAGCUUCGCCACCAGGAACGCGAGCAACAGCUUCGCCAAGAGCGCGACAGGGAAUUCCGGGAGGAGAAGCAGCAGCGCCAGGAACGUGAAGAACUGCAGUUGAGGAGGCAGAAACGAGAUGGGCAGUACCAGGCUGAGAAUCAGUUUGCCAGGGAUACGAUUCGUAGUCGUCAGGAACAAGAACGUCGUCAGGAAGAGGAACGAAGACGUCGCCAAGAGCGGGAGAGAAAAUUUCAAGAGGAGCGGAUCCGUAGGCAGGAGGAGCAGAGGCGCCGCCAAGCCUUGGAGACUGGCACGCGCCAGUUUGCCAACGUCCCCGUGCGUUCCAGCCCUCUCUAUGAGUACAUCCAAGAGCAGAGGUCUCAAUACCGCCCUUAAAGGAUGCUGCUAGCGUCCUGGCACCAGCCAAAGAAAUGUUUCUUUUUCAAGCAAAAGAAAAUGAGAAACACUGGGUAUCAAAUGAUAACUCAUGUGUUUCUGGUUGUGGGAAAACUCUCUGAUCUUAGAAUGUCUUUUCCAGAAUCUUAAACUAUACCCAUUUCAUUUCUUUCUGUUCCUGUCUCUUAUUCUGUCUGGGGUAGUUCUUUAUUGCAAGAUGUCUUUGUUAUUUAGUGCAGAUGUGGUGCGCACUUUUCAAAAGAAGUCAUUUAAUUUUUUAAAGGAAUUUUGUUUGAGGAGCACAUUGAUUUAUUGCCUUCAUAGCUAACAAGAAUAAUGUAACAAUUUGAUAUUCAAAAAUAGUUGAGCCUCUAUUUUUAGUGGUAGAUCAUGUUGGGAACCCUCAUUUUUAUAAGUUUAAGUUGAUAUUUUCUUCGACCUAAAUCUCAUUUGUCUUUACCUCCAAACAGUUUUGUCGAUCUUUUUCUUGCAUAAUUUGACAACCCUCAAAUAAUGCAGGGGGGUGAUUUAUGUGAAAAAUAUUAUGUGAAAUCAGUUCAUAACUGAAAGAAAUCUCUCUUAAGAGAAAGACUUGCACAGGAAAUUAUUUUUUGGCAUUAUAUUUUUAUACUUAGCACCAUUUAAAAUUUCAUGAAGCAAAAGCAAGGUGUUUCUCAAACAACUCCAAUUUAAAACUGCUGUGAUUUGUAGAGUUCUGUUCCACUUCCCCAAGUUUUGUUGGGUUUGAGAAUAUUACUACUUUUGUACAUGUUGGUUUAGAGGGAACCUACUCAAGACCCUGUAAACAUCUUUCUUGUUUGGGUCCAGCAAGAGUUCACAAGGUGAUGGAAGAAGGAAAGGGGAAGAUGUAUGAACAGAGGGCAAAUUUAUAGAAGUCUCUUGACUAGACUUAUCAGCCCACAGUCA